AUGCCCUUUCGCCUGUCGCGCUCGACGCGCUUGAUGGUUGUAAUUGGCAUCUCGACCUGCUUCUUUCUCGGCGAAAUCUCUGUGGGCUUUUACACGCAUUCGCUAGCGCUCAUAGCAGAUGCUUUUCACUAUUUGAAUGAUCUGGUUGGAUUUGUGAUUGCCCUCGUGGCUUUGAAGAUCUCCGAGAGUGAUGAAGCGCCCAAAGGCCUGUCCUUCGGUUGGCAGCGAGCUCAGCUUCUGGCUUCCUUUUUCAAUGGCGUGCUCUUGUUUGCGCUGGGUAUCAGUAUCUUGUUGCAGGCAAUCGAGCGGUUUAUCUCCCUGCACCGCGUUGAGAAUCCCAAACUUAUGUUCAUUGUUGGGAGCAUCGGUCUAGGCCUCAAUAUCAUUAGCGCAGUAUUCUUGCAUGAGCAUGACCACGGCCAUGCCCAUGCCUCGUCGCCAUCGGUAGAAGAUCCAAUUUCACCGAGUAGUGACAUUUGUGACGAUUCUCUCUCCAAGCAUCAUAACCAUAAGCACCAUAGUUCUGAAAAGCUCCGCUCUUCAGUGACUGGUAGCCAUGAUCAUAGCCAUGGCCAUGGUGAUCUCGGAACGUGGGGAGUUCUUCUGCAUGUUAUUUGUGAUGCCGCAAACAACCUCGGCGUCAUGAUUGCUGCUUUGGUCAUCUGGUUCGCCAAGUAUGAUGGUCGGUACUACGCAGAUCCAGGUGUAAGUAUGGGGAUCGCAAUGAUGAUUAUGCUAUCAUCUCUCCCGCUGGUUCGGAGAUCUGGACUCAUUCUGCUGGAAAGUGUACCGACGGGAGUGGAUAUGAAGGAUGUGCAACACGACUUGGAGCAGGUCCCCGGUGUCCACUCCAUCCAUGAAUUGCACAUCUGGCGCCUAAACCAACACAAAUCACUUGCCUCAGUACAUGUAGUAGUUAACGACCUCUCAGUUACCAACUUCUUGAAAACGGCCAAGAUUAUCAAUGAGUGUUUCCACGCGUAUGGCAUUCAUUCGACAACGCUGCAACCCGAAAUACUUGCGGGGGUAGACCAUGGCAGUAUGACUCUCGCCACAAAGGAUCAGAGAUCGAGUCCCCGUUGCCAGAUUGUUUGUGGGGCAGUGUGCGAGGAGUUGACUUGCUGUGGGUAA